AUGAUAGACGCUUGGAACAUUGUUGAUAACGACAUGCAGAUUAUGCUUGCAGUAGCUCUACUAACUAAUACGCCAAUUUGGAUACUAAAUUUCUACGCCGUUGUAAAGAUAUUUCUACAACCAACGGGUCAACAAGAAGCGGUUACUUUAGCACAAGGCAAUAUUCUUUCAGUACUUAUGGCAACAUCACCAACUAUUGUCUCAGAAUUGAUCAGUAACGAAAUAGACGCAAUCAAGGCGACGCUUGUUACUCAGUUGGUUCGCUGCUCAGAUCCGUCUCUCUCGUCUGAGCUGGAGGUUGCUCUGCAUUACAUCCACAUUUGGCCGUUCAAGUUCGUGAUCUGCAGAGCCGUGCCCGUCAAUAUCAACAUGCCGAUUACUAUCAUCGGUUUCUGCAUCACCAACGUCAUUGUCAUCAUGCAGUUUCUUCAUUUUAGCAACUUGUAAUGAAUAUUUUAAUCCUUUGUGGUUUCAAUCAUUAAAUAAAUUUUUAGUAUGACACACAAUUUAUAAUUUGGUCUUUGCUCUGAUAAAUCACUCUGUCUUGUUCUAGUUAUAACUUAUUUCUUUUUAUUCGUGUUUAAAUCACUACUAUUGUACGAGUAU